AAUUAUAUGAUAGUGAUUAUAUGUAUUUAGAUUAUAUGUAGUGGGGCGAUAACUCUUUUUCUAGUUUGGCAAUACAAAAUAUUGACAAAAAUUUAAACGUAGUAUGGCGUCUCACAUUGCAUCUGCAACUGUUCGUGCACUUAAAGGUAAAAGGAUAAUUCCUACUCGAGCGGCUCUUGUAUUGACUCCAAAUGCAGUAAAUAAAAUAAAAGACAUUUUAAAAGAUAGGACGGAUGCUAUUGGUCUCAAAAUUGGUGUUCGUCAAAAAGGAUGCAAUGGAUUAAGUUAUACAUUAGAUUAUGCAACUGAAAAAUCAAAACUAGAUGAAGAAGUAGUUCAAGAUGGAGUACGAGUAAUAAUUGACAAAAAAGCUCAACUUUCCCUUUUAGGAACAGAAAUGGAUUAUGUAGAAAAUAAAUUAAGUUCUGAAUUUGUUUUUAAUAAUCCCAAUAUAAAAGGUACGUGUGGAUGUGGAGAAUCUUUUUCUCUAUAAUUUUUUAAAUCACACAGCUUUAUAAAAUUAGCAAAUUGUAAUGAAUUUAAUUAUUAUAUAUAUUUAAUUAUGGACGUACUCUUAGAAAGCCAGUGAAUAGUUCUAUCAACCUACUAAAAUGAUAAAUCGUAUAUAACUGUAAUUAAUUAUUUGAUAAAAUAUAUUUUUGUAGUCAAUUAAUAUCAACUAGAAAACAGAAUGAUAUUAAAUAAUUG